AUGCGCGGAGUUACGGCGCUUGGCGGCCGCGGCGUCAGAGUCGUUGUGCUUAGCAUGUUUGCAAUCGCCCUCAUCUACAUCGUUGGCAAUUCGGUCGAAAAACGAGCCCCGUAUGCACUCGGAGUGUCUGAGACAGGGUUCUACCCCACCCCCGACUUCGAUGCACAACCGCCCGAUGAAUUCGUUUCCCCGGAGGUCACCACCCUGAGUGAUGAAGAGCAUCCGGCGAGCGCGAAAUGGCACUACGAGGCCAUGUCGAAGAUCAAGCACAAGAUCGGAGCAUGGCUUCCGAUGGACAAAGUGUACGGCAUGUACGGUGCCAUGCGUCGUCCACCGUGGAUGGAUCACGGCGACAAGAGCACGGGGACUCCAAACUACAACCACGCCCCAUCUCCCUCGAAGGACGGACCGAAACAAGAACGUAACGUCGUCGUCGGGAAAGUGUCAAUCCUCGACGAUCCCAAGAACGAGUACAUUGACCGGGCCGUCAAAACCCACACCGUCCACGACAAACGCCAUGGCUACCAGCACUACAUCAUGAAUGAGUCACUGUCCUCUUCCUCGGCCGAAAAUUUCGCGGGGCAGGUGCUCUCAGCCCUCCAGGAAGAGCAAGGCAAGCCGCAGCCCGAGCGACUCGAGUGGCUCUACCAUUUCCCAGCCACAUCCAUCAUCCUCAACUCCAACGUGCCGCUGGAGCUCUUCCUCCCGCCGACCAAGAACAACAAGACCUUCGACGCGACGUACCUCGUCUACGCUGGCCCCAUGCACCCAACCUCUCCGUCUCCGGACCUCUCCCGCACCGUCUUCGCCACUAAGGUGAACCAGUGGAGCGUCGACCUGUUUACAACGCUUGUCGCCCGCACCAAAUCCGCUUCCGGCAAGCAACCAUCAUCCCCCCACAGCAACGUCAUCACCAUCUCGUCGCUCCUGAACCUUCCCUCGGAGCUCUCGCCGCAACAACACGCCCUCGCCUUGCCGCCCCACUGGCUCAACGCCUGGCCCUCCGACACCGACUCCGACGAGAACGCCGACGACGACUACGACAGCUCGCUGUUCACGACGCACCAGGUCCGCCGCGGCUCCUUCGCCCUCGACCUACCUCUACCAGACAACUCGACGGGGACGACGACGCCCAGCAGCCCCUCCCGGAAACCCAUCUCGUCCUUUUCUCUGAACCGCGUCCACGACGAGGAGGACGACGACGACGGUAGCGAUGACGACGCGGCGCAGCGCCGCUUCGAGCAGUGGCUCGUCCGGGCCGAGUCGCGCACGCCGCGCUGGGAAGCCCCGCUGAAGGAGACGUGGUACGCCGACCAGACGAAGGCCUUCUGGGACGAGGGAGGCGGUGCCGCCGGCGCCCGCCUGCUGCCCUCGACGCCGUCCUCGGCCUUCUCGUCGCUGUCGAACUGGUGGCUACGGCCGUCCCAGGUGUCGCCAAAGCCGGCGGUUGUGGUGUCCAGUUUCCCGUCUGCUUCGUCCUCCCUUGCCGCUGCGACACCGAGCGACGUCUUGGCAGGAGAAUACAGCGGUGCCGGCCGCGGCAGUGGUAGCAGCAGCGGUGGCACCAGUGGCAUCAGUGGCAGCAGCAGCAGCAGUUGGAAGGCGGUGGCGGAGCUGAAGGAAGAAGCGCUCACGCUGGUACGCGAGAUGGAGGCCAGCGUGCACAACUCGCGGCAGCAGGUCAGCGAGGAGGUGCGGCGCACGACCGAGAGCCGGUGUGGGCGGGCGCGGAAGGCUUUGUCUGAUGUGGAAAUGGAGUACCGCGAAGGGCAUGACGGGGAGUCUCAGGCCCAGGCGGCAAAGGAGAAACUGCAGGCUGUGAUUGCUGCAUUGAAAAAGGUGAGGCUCUUUUGA